AUGGCUUCCAGGCUACCCUUCUCGGCAGAAUCUCUAAGCUUCUCAAAGCUCCGCCGUCGACACCACUCCGAUCUUCACAAGCUUUUGUUCCGACCCUAUAAACCUCUCCCAGGAUUCCCAGGGACCUGCAGCGAUUUAUUACCGGAAUAUGGUGAUAUUGUUGAACUUGAUCGUUUCGAUGAGGACUAUGGGAAUGAAGUGUUGACACUAAAACUUGGGAGUUUGAGCACCUAUGUGAUGAAUAAACAGACCCCUAAUCGACAAAUUUGGUUAUCGUCUCCUAUAAGUGUCCCAUCCAGAUUUGACUGGGAUCAUAAUGCUCAAGCUUGGGUUUAUCGGCGAACUAAAGCAAAUUUGUUGAAACUCUUGGAAAGUGAGGUGGAGCAACUUUGCGGUAAACCGGUCAUUCUUUCGUAGAACGUUGUAGAUCCUAUGAUGUUCACAUAAUUUCGACCUUCGAAGCUUAUUUCACAACUAGAGUAGUUUGCCUCGAUUUUAUUCAGCAAACCAUAUCUCAAGAUUCUUAAACCCCUCAUGUUCUUGUAAGUUGUACCAUUAAAGCCAGUCUCCAAUAAAUUAUGGUUCAACAGUAUGUUAAGAACCCCGAUUUCUUUUUUCGCCUAACUUCCGUUGUUUUAGAAACACGCCUGCUGUGGGAGCUGAACCUUGAUGACUGGUAUAACAUCCGUUAUAUUCGUUUUACAUGCUACUCUGUUUACAGAUCAGCUGCGAAGAAAACAGCAAACAAUUGAUCCCAAAGUAUUGU